UGUGUGUGUGUGUGUGUGUGUGUGAUAUCGCAGACGUCACAGCCUGCCUGCCGUUGGUCCAGUUCAGUUCAGUUCAGUUGAGAUCAGAUCGGAUCAGAGCCGUUGGUUCUCUGCGGAGGUUAACUGAACUAAAUCGGGACUUGAAGUCCAGCCUAACCCGGGACAGCUCACAGUCUGAACCGGGACACUUAUUUUUUUAAUUUUUACUUAACCCGAUAUAAGCACCAUAAACAGCCGGGGCGGAGGGAGGGACCGCCGCCGUUAACGUAACGUCCGUGACGUCGGUCCGCCCGGGCUGCUGCUCCCGCUGUGUUUACUACCACGCUGUUCGUCAGGAGGGUCCUCAUCGGCGUUUCCGUUAGUGAUCGAUCGAUCCGAUUUGUAGCCUAAUCGUGGGAUCGAUAAGUGUGUGAUGAUGGAGAGGAAGAGGACGGACUGUCCCGCUCUGCCGCCCGGCUGGAAGAAAGAAGAAGUGAUCAGGAAGUCCGGACUGAGCGCUGGAAAGAGCGACGUCUACUACUACAGUCCUUCAGGGAAGAAGUUCAGGAGUAAGCCUCAGUUGUCCCGUUACCUCGGAAACACAGUGGAUUUGGGAUGUUUCGACUUCAGGACGGGGAAGAUGAUGCCUGGAAAAAUGCAGAAGAACAAACAGAGACUCCGACACGACCCGCUCAGCUUGGCCAAGGGAGGUAAACUAGACCUGAACACAGCUCUGCCUAUCAGACAGACAGCGUCCAUCUUUAAACAGCCCGUUACCAAGGUUACGAGUCACCCCGGCAACAAGGUGAAGACAGACCCGCAGAGAGGGACUGAGCAGCCCCGACAGCAACAGGAAGUGUUUGGUUGGCAUUAUAACACAGCAGCAGGCUCCAACAAGACAAGAAGCUCAUCAGAAAACAACAAGACUGAAAACUGCCUCUGUCUGCAGCUGUUUUGGGAGAGGAGAUUGAAAGGUCUACGAUCAUCAGACAUCACAGAGGAAGCCCUACGGACCAUGGACCUGCCCAAAGGACUGCAGAGUGUUGGUCCAGACUCCAGUGAUGAAACUCUGCUCUCGGCCAUUGCCAGCGCUCUGCAUAUGAGCUCCGCUCCGAUAACAGGACAGACGUCUGUAGCUGCUGAGAAAAACCCGGCAAUCUGGCUGAACACGUCCCAGCCUCUCUGCAAAGCCUUCACAGUCACUGAUGAACACAUCAGGGAACAGGAACUGAAAGUGUACCAGGCCAGGAGGAGUCUGGAGGAGGCACUGAUGGCCGAUGGUUUGGCGCGGGCCGUCGAAAACACUCGGGAGCUGCUGGAGGGGAAGACGGCCUGAAAACGGACAGAGUCCCUCUGUUCACCAGCCUCAGGUUUAUCAUCAUCUUCAUCUUAAUCCAGACAACAAACCAAACACAGACCACCCAGAGACUGAAGACUCAGACUCAGCUUCAACCUUCCUGUUAUAGAAAUCGUUCAGAUGAGAUGAUCUCAUCGGCAUCUGGAAAUCUGGUGAUUUUCCAGAACAACAGCAGCAACAACGGGAACAGAGACCACAGCAAUAAUGACAUCAACAAUGACAAAAACACCAGCAACAACUACAAUAUGUAAACACACAACUGUAGCAGCAACAGAAACUGCAACAUAGGAAUACUGGGAGCAACAGCAGCAAUGAGUUGAGUAUCUACCAGCUUGGAGCAACAGCCGAAGCCUUUAAUCCUCUCUGUGAUUAUCAUCUGUACAAACUUUACAACAAGCGCUUGUCUCACUUUUCAAACUCUUAAUUAUUUUUAAUAUAAGGGUGAUAAAAAUAAUAAUACUGAAGAGCUAUGCCCUCAUCGAACCCAAAGUCAGGUUGCAAACUGCUGGACGGCUUUUGCUAACUCUACUAACUCUUAAUGAGCUCUUUGACGAUUUUUGGUUGCUUGUGGUAUCAGAUUGUCGUCGUUUUAAGUCUUCAGGGGUUUUAAUUAAAUAAUGAGAAUUUACAUGAAUAUGAAAUAGAACAAUUGCUUAUUUAAGACAAAUUUUAUACCUUGAGAGAACAUACGUGUACAUUUCUUGGACUGGAGUAAAUAAAUAAUUAUAUUCACA